AAAGCUUGGUAUAAAGCAAUGUAUAAAACCACAAGUAAAGACUUCUCUUAAUUAAAAACUUGCAUGUUUAAAAGUGCACCCAAACACUUUUCUCCCAUUUCCAUAUUUAGUAUUAGUACGACGAGUAUAUAACAUUGACACAUCCAUCGCAAUCAUACAAUUCAAAAAUAUAAAACAGACAUAAAAUCGCGGUUGCUUCUAAGGUAUUCCUUCAACACUUGAAAAUAUGGCAGAUUUUACACGGCGAAGAUGGACUACGCCUAGGAUAGCCGUUCCUCGCCGUGGUCCGGUAGAUGAAGAAAUCAACCCAUCUUCAGGGUGGACUAAUGACUUUCCUGGAUUUCAUUGCCUUCUCGUUAAUCUUCCUGGUUUUAAUGAAGACGACAUCAAGCUGAAUGUCGACGAAUCUGGGAUCGUAGUAGUUAGCGGAAGGAGAAAGGUAAGUGAUGAGAAACAAGAGCAUUUUGAAAAGACCUUCAAUGUGCCAGAAGAUGGAGACGUUAACAACAUAAAAAAGAUAUUCGACGGAGCUACACUCAGAGUACGUAUCCCAAAGGUGGCUAAUUCGGAAGAGAAUAAACCGAGUAGUGCAGAUGGAACUUCAACUAACAACAUCAACCCGGAGGCUACCAAGGAUACCACCGAAUCUGAUAUGAUUCCAAGCGAGAGUCCUGCUCCUAGCAACGGCGAAACAGAGAAUCGCAAGGAAGCAUCCUUCAUUCCUUCCUUAGGUUCAAUCAAGGAAGGUAAACCAGUAGAAUCUAACAAAGAAGCUAAGAGUCCAACUCCAAAUAACGGUACCAAUGGGGCGGCAAUUGUAGAUGCUAAUGAUAGCCGUGCAUCAAACAGCGACACCAAUGAGCAGAAAGAAAUAGCUACUAAAAACAAAGAACCUGACAAUUCUGUAGUAAGUGGUGAGUCUGGUGACACCAAAGAGAAGAAAGAGGAACCAUUCAAGAGCCCUCCUAAAGAAGAAGGAAACAAAGAACCAAAAAAAGGCGGUGAUCAAGAGGAAAAAAGUUCAAAGGCAUCUGUACUAGGGAGGAUUGCUGAGAACAAAGGGAUUCUUUUAGCAUCCAUUAUAUCAUUUACACUUGGGGUGUUACUGUCUCACAAAAUGCACCCAUCAUCAACUUAAAAGUUCUGUUUCUGCUCUUCUUCUUUAUAAAUUAUAUUGAUUGUUUGCUUGAACAAUAUUCAAGAUGUGUUUAUUAGACCUGAAAUAUUUUCGGAUUCAUACUGUAUUUGUCUAUUUUCGGAUUCAUACUGUAUUUGUCUAACAUAUGACGUUAUACAUAGAAUGUUAGAGCUUUAAGAUAUAUCCGAAGUA